GACAUGGAGGACAAGGACUACAGCGAGACGGACGGACUCUCAGACAAAACAACCCCCAGCAAGACCCAGAAGUCACCCCAGAAAACCACCAAGAAAGUGAAGAGUACCCUCUGCAGGGUGACCCUGCUCGACGCCUCCGAGUACGAAUGUGAGGUGGAGAAGCACGCCCGAGGCCAGGUCCUCUUCGACAUGGUGUGCGAGCACCUCAACCUCCUGGAGAAGGACUACUUUGGCCUCACCUUCUGCGACUCGGACAGCCAGAAGAACUGGCUGGACCCCUCCAAGGAGGUCAAGCUGCAGAUCCGCGGGCCCUGGAACUUCGCCUUCACCGUGAAGUUCUACCCUCCGGACCCUGCCCAGCUCACGGAGGACAUCACAAGAUACUACCUGUGCCUGCAGCUCCGUGCGGACAUCAUCACGGGGCGCCUGCCCUGCUCCUUCGUCACGCACGCCCUGCUGGGCUCCUACGCCGUGCAGGCCGAGCUGGGCGACUAUGAUGCCGAGGAACACGUGGGCAACUACGUCAGCGAGCUCCGCUUCGCGCCCAACCAGACGCGAGAGCUGGAGGAGCGCAUCAUGGAGUUGCACAAGACCUACCGGGGAAUGACCCCCGGCGAAGCAGAGAUCCACUUCCUGGAGAACGCCAAGAAGCUCUCCAUGUACGGGGUGGACCUGCACCAUGCCAAGGACUCGGAGGGCAUCGACAUCAUGCUGGGCGUCUGCGCCAACGGCCUCCUCAUCUACAGGGACCGGCUGAGGAUCAACCGCUUCGCCUGGCCCAAGAUCCUCAAAAUCUCCUACAAGAGGAGCAACUUCUACAUCAAGAUCCGGCCGGGUGAGUACGAACAGUUUGAGAGCACCAUUGGCUUCAAGCUGCCCAACCACCGCUCUGCCAAGCGUCUCUGGAAGGUCUGCAUCGAGCAUCACACCUUCUUCAGGCUGGUGUCCCCAGAGCCACCCCCCAAGGGCUUCCUGGUGAUGGGCUCCAAGUUUCGCUACAGCGGCCGGACGCAGGCACAGACCCGGCAGGCCAGCGCCCUCAUCGACCGCCCGGCUCCCUUCUUCGAGCGCUCCUCCAGCAAACGGUACACCAUGUCUCGCAGCCUUGAUGGAGGUAUGCCCCAAAUUGGGGAGGGGGAGGGAGAUUGGUCCGCUGGCGGGGGCGGGGGGGAUGCUCCGGAGCACGAAACAACCCCCAGGCACAAGCAGGAGUUUUUAGACAAGCCAGAAGAUGUUUUGCUGAAGCAUCAGGCCAGCAUCAAUGAGCUGAAACGGACCCUAAAGGAGCCCAACAGCAAACUGGUUCACAGGGACCGCGACAGGAGGCUGCCUUCCUCACCAGCCUCUUCCUCACCCAAGCACGAGGAUGAAACACCAAAGGGAACCCCAGAAAAGGCCAGCGAGAGAGCGGGCUUGAGGGAGGGCGCCGAGGAGAGAGCUAAGCCCCCUCGGCACAGGGCUCCCGAGAGUGACACUGGCGAUGAGGAGCAGGACCAGGAGAAGGACUCGGUCUUCCUGAAGGACAACCACCUGGCCAUCGAGCGCAAGUGCUCCAGCAUCACGGUCAGUUCAACCUCCAGCCUGGAAGCAGAGGUGGACUUCACAGUGAUCGGUGACUUCCAUGGCACAGCCUUUGAGGACAUCUCCCGGAGCCUGCCCGAGCUGGACAAGGACAAGAGUGAAACGGAAGACGAAACCCUGGUUUCCUUCCAGCACGCUGACAAAACAGUUCCUGGACUGGAAGAGGAUGGCAAAGGCGGGGAGAAGGUCUCCCAGCCCAGCCCAGAUGUCUCCCAACUAGAGUCAUCAGCCCCCAAAACGGACGCUGCGACCGUCAGCCUGGGGCCGGGCGUGAAGAAGCCUGAAGCAGACGGCUCUGCUCCCCACCGGCUCGGCACCGCAGACGCAGCCCAGGUGACGCGGUGGCUCCGUCCUCCUGUGGCCCUGCUCCCCAACGGCUCUGCCCAGCCUUAGUCCAGCAAAACCCGUCCCUGGGCAGCAGAUCACAGCACCAAGGCUGGGAAAGCGGCCGUUCCUGCGACAGACCUUCGCUCCCUGUCUCCGGUGAGGGGGGGACGUGGUGCCACCAGCCAGGCCGGGGAGGAGCUAGCUCCAUCCGCCGGGAGCUGGCUGGUCGGACAGCUGUGGGUGAGUGCUUUCCUUCUCGUUGUGCAGACUGUGAAAGGAGGGUUUUCCGAGACCCGAAUAGAGAAGCGCAUCAUUAUCACGGGAGAUGAAGACGUGGACCAGGACCAGGCACUGGCUUUAGCAAUCAAAGAGGCAAAACUACAGCAUCCCGACAUGCUGGUAACCAAAGCUGUGGUGUACAGAGAAACAGAGCCUUCUCCAGAGGAAAGGGACAAGAAACCUCAGGUAGGUGGAGACGUUCCCAGGUAUGGUUUGUCCCUGCUGCGAAUCUUGACCGACGUGUUCGUGGAAGCCAGCAUCCGUAGUCGAACCUGGAGAACAGCGGAGAGGGAGCCUUCAUGCUGGAUUUGUCAGCGAGACAUAGACAUCCUGGCUGCAAUGUUCAUGUCUCCCACCCCUCACACAGACUGUGCCCAGAAAUAG